AUGGGUCAGGUGCCAGAAGGCGGGGUGUGCAACCUUAACGCAGUGCAAUCUCACGUCGCAGUAACACCUCUUCUCGAAAAGAUCGAAGCACCCAUACUUUGUAUUGAACGACGCAAGGAGUACAGUCUCUUCGAUUUGUUCGGUAUCCGCAGUUCCAUCAUCUUCGAUCCGGAUGGACCCAUCAGUCAGAAUCUGCGAGCAAUUACACCUCUGAUCGAUGAUUACACAGAAGCCCGCGAGUGGAUCGCGUCAUGCGUAAAGGGUCAUGGAUGUUACAAAUUUCAGUUUUUGACCGAGUCAAAGUACGAUACCAACGUACACAAUCUGAAGGUCAUCGACUGCAGAAACCGCUUAGUUGGAAAACUGCCACCAGCUGGGUCGUAUGUGACAUUGAGCUAUGUGUGGGGCAAGCCGGACGCACAACAUCCUGGCCAGCAAGCGGGCGCUGAGUCGUUGGAGCCGGACGUCUUAUCGUGCAACUUACCUCGAACUAUCGAGGAUGCCAUCAAAGUCACGCUGAUGCUUGGGUACGACUACCUUUGGGUCGAUAGAUAUUGCUUGGAGAAAUCUUCAGAAGACUUUCAUCGACAGCUCAAACAAAUGGACAAGGUCUAUGCAGGCGGCGGGAUAUGA